AUGGACCCUAUAUCUCUAUCACUUGGCCUUGCGGGUAUUCUGCCCCUGAUUGCCAGUGCGAUCACCACGUCCAAAGAGUACAUAGACACUGUGAGGUCGGCGAAGAAGUCAAUCGCGACCUUGGUAAUCGAGCUUGAAGCGCUGCAAUUCAACGUAGCAAAUCUGCACGACCUCCUGAAGGGCGAUCUAUUAGACGAUAGUGCUGUGCAAUUUCACGAGAGUUCAGUUCUCCUGACCUGCUCCGCGGCGUGUGAGGCAAAGCUGCGAUCACUCUGCAACAGGCUGAGCCAAGACGCAAACAGGAAGCUGGGGCGCUUACUGUGGCCUUUCACCGAGAAGGAGCUCCAGAAGACGGUCCAGGAAUUACGCAAUUUUACCAACUGGAUGCAAUUUGCCUUGUCGGUCGAUGGCUGCCGGCUUCUAUCGCGGACGUCGGAUGACGUUUUGAAGUUGAUGGGACAGCAGCUAGACCAGUUCAGGACCAUCCAGACACUCGAAGCAGACACACUUCGGAUCCUCGACGUUGUUAAAGAUCAGAAGCGCGCGAUUCAGGUCAAUAUCGAGCAGGAGACUAGAAGGAGCAUUCUGAACUGGAUAUCUACCUCAAAGCACUAUCAGAAACAUCAGCUCAUCCAAGCGUCGAGGGCACAAAAUACUGGAAAUUGGAUCCUUCAAAGAGACGAAUUUAUAAAAUGGCGAGACGAUAGCUCUCCUUCAAACGUUCUCGUGUGUCAUGGCAUUCAAGGCUCGGGUAAAACAACUCUUGCCUCGAUCAUCAUCGAUGAACUUCUUAACUCUGGCUCCGGCGAGGCUUCACCUGUCGCGUUCUUCUACUUUGACCACCAGGACCAGUCUACUCAAAGUACGUCGGUAGUUCUAUGCUCUAUCCUUAGACAACUUCUCGAGAAGCUACCGGCAAUUCCGAGUUCCGUUUCCGAACUAUUCGAGAAGAGCGGCCACCAAGGCCAAAUCCCUCUCCAAGAAUGCGAGCGACUACUAACUGAUCUUGCUUCGGGCCUGAGGUGUGCUUACCUAGUGUUUGAUGGACUGGACGAAUCGGAACAUCGGAAAUCCUUCCUUCGUAGCAUUCGGAAUGUGGUUCGAAGUCGCCAAGUCCGUUUGCUGGUCACAAGUCGGCCUCAUAUCCGAGAUCUCAUAGAGCUGUUCCAGGAGCAUCCGAAGAUUAUGAUCGAGGCCCACGAGGAAGAUCUCAAGACCUACCUCUACCAGGAGCUCGACCAAGGAGGAAUAUAUGACAUCGCCGAUCAAGGCUUUGUGAACAGACUGGUUCAGAAGCUGAUGCAAGGGGCAGAGGGGAUGUUUCUUCUCCCAGUUUUACGGCUCCGUACCAUUCUCAAGGAGCCCACUCUCGGUGAGAUGGAGGACAGAAUAGCGGACCUGUCCCACAGUCUCAGCGACGCAUUUGCAGAUACCAUUUCCCGCAUCCAAAGGCUCCCUGAGAGCCGCAGCCGACUCGGAAUGGGUGCUCUCAUGUGGCUUAGUUACACAACUCGGGCAUUGACUGACUUGGAGCUCAGCGAUGCCUUGGCUAUCCACAGCGCACAGAAAGCUGUCAACGUCAAGUAUCGCCCGGCUACAAAGACCAUUCUCGAAUGCUGCCAAGGUCUUGCGACCGUAGACGGGGAGGGUUGUGUACGGCUUGCGCAUUACGCGAUUCAGGAGUACUUAAGAGACCAUUCGACGGAUCUCUUUCCACAAGCCGAAGCCACGAUUGCGGUGACUUGCCUUCGCUACCUUGUCUUUGAGAACUUCGAGGACGGGCCAUGGCCGACCGAGGGCGAUAUCCAAUCUAGGAUGGAAAUGUACCCCUUUCUCGCCUGGGCCGCCAUGUACUGGGGGCAAUUCGCCCGACGGACCGAAACCGACGCAAAGGUGUGGUCCACGCUGUUCGUCUUCUUCUCCUCCCCAGCCGCCAUGGCCGUGGCGAACCAGGUACGGCAAUACUCGAUGGGCCGGAACCCCGAAUAUUGGAAUGCGGACGAGUGCAGCAGCUUCUCAGCGCUCCAUCAUGCGGCGCGCCACGGGCUCGAGCAGGCGAUCGCUCGGCUCCUCGACAAUGGUGCUUAUGGCGUCAACGAGCUGACGCGGAUGGGCGCCACGCCCGUGAUUCACGCCGCCUCGAGCGGACAUGUGCUGACGACCCGGAGCCUGCUAGCCCACGGCGCUAAUCCGCACCUGCGGAAUUGGUACGGCGACGCGUUACACUGUGCGAUCGAGUCGGGCAAGGCGGCCACCGUGCGCGAGCUGGUCCGAUGGGGGAUGGAUCCCAACGCCAUCGGGAACGGCGGGCGCACCUAUCUCGCAUGCGCGUUGGACGGCGACUCAGCCAGCACAUUUGCCGCGCUCGUCGAACUCGGUGCCGACAUUGGAUUGCAGAGCAUGUCUGAGGGCCAUGGUCAUCUCUUCUUCGCCGCGGCAGACUGGGGCUGCGACGAGAUUGUCACACUCAUGCUGGAUCGGGAAUGGGUCGACAUUGAGAUGAAAGACUCCGAUGGACAUACAGCAAUGCACUAUGCCGCUGCGGCUGCGAGUCCAACAACGGUGAGGAGACUACUUGACGCUGGGGCUAAUAUUGAUGCGAUGGAUAACGAGGGACGUACGGCUCUGUAUUACGCGGAGGUUGAGGGCAACAAGGCUAUGGCGAGACUGUUGCUAGACUUAGGGGCCACACCUCCGCUUCGAAGCCGAGCUUAG